AUGUGUUCUGCAACAAAUUCUGAAGAGAACCCAGUUCCCAGAACCUCUCCACCUUCUUCUGCAACUCCAAUUCCCAGCUCAAUAUGGCCAGCAGACCUUGUGGGCAGCGUUAUUUGGGAGCUGAAGACACAAAGGCCAAUAGUUCUCCCUUUACUAGCCAUGAACCUGACUUGGUUUGCCAAAACAGCCAUCACAACAGCAUUCCUCGGCAGGCUUGGAGAGCUUCAGCUAGCAGGCGGGGCACUCGGCCUAACAUUUGGCAACGUCACGGGCUUCUCAGUCCUAAACGGUCUCUGUGGUGCCAUGGAGCCUAUCUGUGGCCAGGCCAAUGGUGCCAGGAAUUUCAAGCUUCUUCAGAAGACACUAAUCAUGGCAAUCCUCUUGUUGUUGGUAACCACAAUCCCCAUAGCUUUCUUGUGGCUUAACGUCGACAAGAUCCUCAUCCAUUUUGGGCAACAGGAAGACAUCUCCGUAGUCGCCAAACAUUAUCUGUUCUAUCUUCUCCCUGACUUGUUGAUCAUCUCUUUCCUCUGUCCUCUCAAGGCCUACUUGAACUCGCAAUGCGUCACUAUCCCCAUCAUGCUCACCUCGGGUUUAGCCCUCGCGUUCCACAUUCCAAUCAACAUCUUGCUCUCCAGGACCAUGGGAAUGAAAGGAGUCUCCAUGGCAACUUGGAUAACUGAUCUUCUAGUUGUGACCUUGCUCGGGUUAUACGUGUGGGUGAGUGGGAACAGAAAGGGAGUAAAGUGGAAGGAAGGGGGUUGGCUUGAUCAGGAUCUCGACGACUGGCUCAGGCUGCUGAAGCUAAGCGGACCAUGCUGCCUCAGCACCUGCCUGGAAUGGUGGUGCUGGGAGAUUCUUGUGCUGCUUACAGGCCACCUGCCAAAUGCGAAACAGACAGUAGGCGUGUUGGUCAUCGUCAUGAACUUCGAUUACUUGCUCUUCUCAGUGAUGCUAUCUGUAGCAACUUGUGCUUCAUGUCGGGUCUCAAAUGAGCUUGGAGCAGAGCGGCCCACAGUUGCUUCGAGAUCGGCAUUUGUGUCGAUGGGUUUAGGCGUGGUUCUUGGGCUGGUUGGGAGCUCAUUGAUGGUGGCGGCUCGAGGGAAGUGGGGUGCUUUGUUCAGUAGUGAUGUAGAGAUCAUAAGAGGUGUGAAGAAGGCCAUGUUGUUUAUGGCUGUUCUAGAGAUUGUGAAUUUCCCUUUGGCUGCUUGUGGGGGCAUUGUGAGAGGAACAGCUAGGCCUUGGUUGGCGUUGUAUGCAAAUGUUGGUGGGUUCUAUCUUGUGGCUCUGCCUCUUGGAGUGCUUUUGGCGUUUAAAGCGGGGUUUGGACUAAGUGGGUUGUUGCUAGGAUUCUUGGCUGGAUUGACCGCCUGUUUGAUGUUGUUGCUGAUCUUCAUUGGUAGGCUUGAUUGGGAAACUGAAGCUGUGAAGGCACAAAAGCUUGCCUGCCAGUUGAGUGACACUGGGGAAGGAGAUGAUCACCAGAUGAGAGAUCAGACAGUUCAAGUAUGA